CCUCUUGAUUAAUUCUUAGGUUUAGAGAAUCGAUCGGAUCGCAAUUAUAGCUGUGGAAUGGGGUGUGAGCACCCGGAUUGGUUGCCGGCGGGAUGGAGAGUUACAGUGAAAGCCCGGAGGUCCUCUGGCAAGAAAGACAAGUACUACAUCAAUCCAUCAAAUGGCCUUAAGUUCAAGUCCAAGCCAGAGGUGCUUCGGUUUCUCAAAUGUUCUGGAAGAGAUCGAAAAGCCAAGAAUCUGGUUAAGACUGUCACUGGAAACUUACCUCCAGGAUGGAUUAAGGAGGUCCGAACUAAAAGGCGACAUGGCAGGACAAGGCGAGACCCGACUUACAUUGAUCCUGUCAGCGGCCGCCACUUCCGUUCCAUGCAAGAAGUUCUUCGGUAUCUUGAAUCCAAGGAAAUAAGAAACACCAAGCCGAAGACAGAGGCCACCAAGCCAAGACAUAAUUUGACCAUUGACAAGACAGCCGACAGAAAUAUGAUCCGCCACGACAGUGUUAAGUCAGAACUGAAGCUGAAACCGAGACCUGCACGCCGUAUGAAGGUUGCUGCAGCAAUGGCACAGGAUGUCAAGCAGAGAGGAGAAGAAGUUUGUCUAGCAAUCGAGUUUUCUGAUAAGCUACGAAAGGUGAAGCAACGUCUGGAUAGAUUAAAGGAUGUUAGGAAGGUGGCCAGAAACAAAGCAGCGGCAAAAUCUACGAGCAAGGAUCAAACUCUAGCAAACUCAGGUGCAGUAAAUGAUAAGGUGCAAUGGACAAGUAAGAAAACGCCUGACAUCCAACUAGAGGAUAAUGCGGCGACAAAUCAUUCAGUAGGCCCAGAAGGUUUGAAAAGAAAAAGGGUCAACAACUUACCAUGUAGAACUUCACCAAGACUUGCUCGUGCGGCAGUCAUUCCAUCAAUGGAAGCAAAAACAAGCGUAAAAGUUGGCGAUGAAGGUGAGACAGACAUCAGCGACACCAAAAAUAUCAGUAAAGGUAAAGCUAGACCACUAGAAGAAGUUGAGAUCGAUGUGGAGGGAAAAUCCGGCGUAUCCAAGAGACCAAAAGAGCCUCCCCUAAAAUGCAGGGUGGAGAAUCCAGCUAACAAUCAGCUGGAAAAGAUUGUCCCUCCUGAAGAGCAGAAAAGUCUCGGCUCCACCAUUGAGAAUCUGCUGAUGGAUCCGUGCAUUGAAUUCGCAAUCAAGACUCUCACGGGUGCGAUCCCGAUUGAAGAAGCAAGCAAAGUUUGCAUCAGCAACAGCUCUGCAUCUUCCACUAUUCCAGGUUCCACUUCAACGAUGACUUCUUCAGUGGAUAUCUGGGCCGUUGACCCUCGCGUUGAGUUCUCUGUCAGAAGGUUAACCAACAAACCAUCAGGAAAACUUCAGAUCACAUUCGAGCAACCUUUUGGUAGCUCAUAUGACACACCAACCCCAACAUUACCGAAAAUCAGGUCAGAUAACUUCUACACUAUGAGGCAAUCCUCCUGUAAUGUGUUUGAUGAUGGAAAGCAGCUCCGGGUGAGGCAAUGAAGCUAAACUUCGGAAACUUAUGGAUCAACAAAAUGAGGUGCGUGUACGGUGGAAAUUGUUUUCGAAGGUUUUCCCAUGCCUGGCUGCCUGAUGCUGUGUGAAUUCUGUAGCCCUUACGUAUAUAUACUAAUGCAGAACUCCGCUAGUGAUUUUGAGUUUAAGAACAUAGCGAUACUCUGAAAAAGACAGUGUAUUGAUGCUGGGGAGAAAGUAAUUUUACUCGCUCGACUUUUAUCCCUAACUACUUAUUGCUGUAGCUUUGAUCAAGAAUGCAGAUUAAGGCAAAGUGCAGUUCUGGAUCAUGCUUCUCUGCUGCUUUUCUUCUCAGGUAUUUUUCAGAUCUCCCAUUAAUCUAUCAUUUCUUGGUGAAAUUGACAUGUUAUUGGAAUGGGUAGGUACUUCUGUAUUUAGGGUUUUCAGGAACAAACCUUAAGUUCUUAAUUCUAUCUGGCAAGGAUGAUAAAUUCUGUA